AUGUAUUCCUUUAGAGUUUUUAGACAAAGGGCAGCGCCGGUCUCAAAAAAUCUUUGCUUUAGAAAUUUUGCCACGAUCCCUACUCAAAAAUUAGCAUUUAGGAGUAUCAAUGUUUUCAAUAGCACCAAAUUAGAAUCUUACUACAAUCGUAGUGAAAGACGUUACAGCAUCUUGACUACACCUUCCGAAGCUAAGUUGUAUGAUUACAAAGAUGUAAAGGAUGUUGUUGAUCAUCCCGCAAAGCAUCCUGACUCCGUUUUAGUCGAUGUCAGAGAACCUGUUGAGUUCCAUGACGGACACAUUCCUGGUGCCCUUAAUAUUCCUUUUAAAUCGUCACCUGGUGCAUUAGACUUAUCUCCAGAAGAAUUUGAAGAUAAUUUUGGGUUUGAUAAGCCAUCCAAGGAAAAAGAAUUAAUCUUCUAUUGUUUAGGAGGUGUUAGAUCUACAGCCGCUGAAGAAUUAGCCAAAACUUUUGGAUAUAAGAACAGAGGUAACUAUGUCGGCUCCUACGAGGAUUGGGCUUCCAAAGAGAAUGCCAAGGGUGAAUCAAAGCCAGUAUCCUAA